AUGGGAAAUAUUAUCUCAACUAACAAUACACCAACUACAAACGAACAAGAUUCAGUUUAUAAUGAAAAGCAAGCUCAUUUCGAUGACUUAGCUGACUCACAGCGUUUGCUUCAGAAUCUCAAACUUAGAACUAGUACUGCUGAAGCUUCAGAGACUGUUAAGAUUGACAGCUGCAAGUCUUGGGAAAACGCUCUACUCGAAGAUCCUAAGAACAGACUCGCGGUCGACGCCUUUUCAAAAUCAGACAUUACCAAUACACUCUCAAGCAGAUCUGCUAGAAUCGCUGACCACAAUAUCUUCAAUUUGGUGGCCAGCAAUGUUGAAGACAUUACCUCACAAGACUCUUCAGGUAGAUGCUGGUUAUUUGCAACCACAAACUUACUUAGAAAUGAUAUAAAGAAGCAACUCAAUUUGUCUGACUUCCAAUUAUCCCAAAGUUACUUAAGUUUCUGGGACCGUAUUGAAAAGUCAAACCAAUACCUUGAACACUCAAUUGAAUUGGCAGACGAGCCUAUUGGAAGUCGAACUGUAGACUAUAUUAACAGCGGUCCAAUUGGAGAUGGUGGCCAAUUUGAUAUGGCCGUCAAUUUGGUCAACAAAUAUGGUGUUGUACCACAAUCGGUAUAUCCAGAAUCUUACAACAGCUCAAACUCAGGCAAAAUUAAUAGUUUGUUGACUACUAAAUUACGUGAAGGAGCUUUAGAAUUGCGCAAGUUGUCAAAAUCUGCAUCACAAGUUAGCCCAACUUCUGCCGAUAGAAUUGUGCGUAGACGUAAGAACGAAUUAUUAGAAGAAAUAUACGGUGCUGCUGUUAUCGCAUUUGGUCCUCCUCCAUCCGCCAAUGAAGAAUUCACUUUUGAGUACAAAGAUAAGAACGACAAAGUUCACUCUAUCACAACGACCCCGCUUGGAUUCGCUAACAAGUACCUUAGCAACUUCCGCAUCAAUGAUUGGUACAGUUUAAUCAAUGAUCCACGCAACGAAUAUUCAAAGCUCUACACCGUCGAUAAAUUGCAAAACGUAGUAGGAGGUAGACCUGUUCUUUACGUAAACACCACGGCUGAUAGACUUGUCGAUGCUGUUGUUACUCAUCUCAAGAAUGGAAAGCCUGUUUUCUUUGGCUGUGAUGUAGGUAAAUUCAGUGAAAGGAAUGGUGGAUUGCUUGAUCCAAAGUUAUUCGAUUACGAGCUUGCAUUCAAUUUGAAACUUGGAUUGACUAAAGCCGAAAGGUUAGCAACUGGGGAAAGUAGCAUGACACAUGCUAUGGCUAUCAAUGCUGCUCACAUCGUUGAUGGAAAAGUUCAAAGAUUCAGAAUCGAAAACAGUUGGGGUAAGUCAGCAGGUCAAGAUGGCUACUACAUUUGUACCGUUGAUUGGUUCAAGGAGUUCGUCUACCAAGUUGUUGUAAAUAGACAGAUUGCUCCUAAGGAUCUCACCACAAUCUUUGACAAACCUGAGGACGCUCAUGUUCUCCCAUGUUACGAUCCGUAAUAUGGGUGCUCUCGCAUAGAUUGGCAGAAUAAGGUAUUUUUUAUGAAUGAAGAAGUAUCACAAAUUUUUUUUGUUAUCAAAUGAAUGUAUAAAUAUGAUCUUAUA